AUGUCCUACUCCCAAGUUACCGACCAUCCCUACAAUGGAUCUGGAUCCAGGGAUGAUAUUUGUGACUAUAUUGACCAGCCUUUGGAUUUGAACCAGGAAAACAUCAAACUUUUCGAACAACAGCAAAAUCAUCAGCACCAUCAUCCCCAGGCGUUCCAGCAGUUUCACCCCCAGGAGUCUCCAGUGUUCCACGUGGGCCCUAGUCCUUAUUAUGAACAAAACCCAACUUCUACGCCUCAGUGGCAAGGCCAAUAUAAUGGUAUUCCACAAAACCAGCAUUUCCAGCCACCGAUCCAUGGAAAUGUGCCUCAAGGGAUGAACGCGUACGUUCCGAAUGUUCCACAGGAUGAUUCUCUCUUUAAGGCUGAGUCUGUGAGUUCUACUCAGUUGUCGCUUGAGAGAGAUCUGAACGGUAAUCUUCAGCAGCCUUGGAACGGUCACAGUAAUGCACUCUCUGCUACAGGCCACCAGACAGAUAGCUCGCCUUCUGGUUCGCCUAAUGAUAUCGACUUUAGAAACGACAAGGGUAAAGGAAAGAAGCAGAGAGCUCUCAUUUUGACUGAAAGAGAGGAGGCCGUAAUGAAUAGAGAUGAUCUGGAGCUUAACGAGGAAGAACUCAAGAUCAAGAAGAAAGCUCACAAUAGACUCGCCCAGCGUGCGUUCCGUGAAAGGAAGAAGACCGAGUUGAAGGAUUUGGAAGAUAAGUUGCUUCAGAGCGAAGAGGAAAGGCAGAAGUUAUUGCAGGUUCUUCAGGAUAUCAAGCAGACCAAGUCUGAUGACAGUCUUCUACGUGAUCCUGCUAAUUCUAUGGAUUUGGAGAACUCAAGAUUUUCUUUCCCUAGCUCACAGGAUGAGUUUAUUAACCAGAUGGUGGAUCGUACGAAGCACAACGUGAAUCCAGCCACGAUCAACAAGGUUUACGAACAGCCAGAGAGUUCUGGUCAUAAGGUGCUUGCAGUUGGUGCUGUAUGGGAUUUCUUGCAGAUCAAGGCCGAGGAAGACGAAUACUACGGCGUGGAUAUGUACGAGGUGAUGCAGUUGUUAAAGGGAAGUGAAAAGUGUCAUGGCUAUGGUCCUGCUUACGAGCUUCGCCUUGUGGAACAAGCACUUGAGAAGGUAAGAACCGAGACCAAGAAAUAA